CAUAACCUGCCUAAAGUCAGUCCGCAGUAAAGUAACCUCAAAUUUUUUGUUUUGUUAUCGAAUCGUCGUCCACGUUCCGACCAUUAGUUUUGUUUUUAAAUAUUGUAUUGGCAUAAAAAUGUCCAGUAUUGCAAAAAACUGUGUAGUGAAAUGCCUGAAAAAUCCAUUAAAAAUUAUACCUUUGCCAGAUAAUGUCACUGUUCAUUUAGGUAGAAGUAAAGAGACUGAAAUAAAAGAUCCAUACAUGUCCAGAAAUCAAAUAGCAGCCACAGCUAAUUAUGCAAAACGUGAAGUAACCGUUGAACCUCUUGGAACUAAUUGUUCUUGCUGUAAUGGCUACGCUCUGAAGAAAGGUAAAAAGUAUACGUUAAAGCACGAAGAUCGAUUAGAAUUAAUAAUGGGAAAUUAUGAAUUUGAUGUACUCUUCGAUUAUCAAAUUGACGAUUGCGCGGAACCCGUAGCUAAGCGAGCCAAACCCAAUCAUGCAAUAUUUAACUUUGCAAAGAAUUCGGAGAAAGCGAAAGCUUCUAUAAAUAAUAAUAAUGGUCAGGGAGACGGAACCAGUAUGUGGGAUAUUAUUGAUAAUGGGGAAUUAUUAAUUUGUACUUACUCUACUGUAAAAUCGCAAUCCAAAGUUGCUGCUUUUGAUUUGGAUGGUACACUGAUUCGAACUAAAUCGGGAGCCCGCUUUGCAAAAAAUGCAGACGAUUGGGUGUUAAACUUUAGCGAUGUAUCUGCAAAAUUAAGUGAUUUAAUUGACAAGAAUUAUAAAAUUGUCAUAUUCACCAAUCAGGGAGGUGUAAAAAAUGAUGCUGCUAAAAGAAACUCGUUUAAAAUGAAAGCCGAAGGCGUGUUGUCUAAAAUUAAGGUUCCGAUUCAACUUUUCGCAGCUACUACAAAUAGCAUUUACAGAAAACCCGUAACCGGUAUGUGGAACACACUUUGUUCAGAGAAAAAUGACCAAAUUUCCGUUGAUCUAUCUGAGUCAUUUUAUGUUGGAGAUGCUGCUGGCCGUGAGAAGGAUUGGGCUCCGAAGAAAGCCAAAGAUCACUCGCUCGCUGAUCGACUAUUUGCACUGAACGUUGGUCUAAAAUUCUACACUCCUGAAGAAUUCUUCCUUGGUUCUCGCCCUGUAAAGCACCUCAGCCCUAAGUUUGAUCCAAAGACUCUACCUAAUUCAAAUUGUGGUGAUAAAUGUGUGAAUGAGUGUGAAGUUAUCGUUAUGGUUGGCAGCCCGGGCUCGGGAAAGAGUCAUUUUGCCAAACAUAACCUUGUCAGUAACGGAUAUGUACAUGUGAAUCGUGAUACGUUAGGUUCUUGGCAGGCGUGUGUGAAGAUGUUAGAAAAAUCACUGCAGAAGAAUGAAAGGGUUGUAAUUGACAAUACAAAUGGCGAUAAAACAAGUCGAAAAAGGUAUAUCGAUGUGGCGAAAAAGUUAAAUGUUCCUUGCAGAUGUUUUGUAAUGACCACAAGUCCAGUGCAUUGUAAACACAAUAACAAGUUUCGUCAAAUUACAGACAAAACUCAUGUUCCUGUAGGUGAGGUGAUUUUAAAUAUGUAUAAAAAGAAUUACGAGGAACCCAUUGUAGAAGAGGGCUUUAAUGAAAUUGUGAAUGUAGACUUUGUACCUAAAUUUGACAAUGACGAUCAUGAAAAACUUUAUAAGAUGUUUCUGUUGGAUUAAUAAAUCUAGUGAAUCAGUAUUUUUAAAUAAAUUAAUUUUUGAAUU